UGACGCCACAGGCAGGCCCCGCCCCCCAGCUGCCCAGGUCUCCUGUUAUCUCUGCGGCUAGCAAGCGCCCCGGAAGCUGCCCCAUCUCGGGGUCAUGAUGGGCAGCAAGAUGGCGUCUGCCAGCAGGGUCGUUCAGGUAGUCAAGCCACAUACUCCAUUAAUAAGGUUCCCUGACAGAAGAGACAAUCCUAAACCCAAUGUAUCAGAAGUUUUGAGAUCAGCAGGACUACCAUCUCACUCUUCUUCAAUUUCACAGCAUUCUAAGGGAAGUAAAUCACCGGAUUUGCUGAUGCAUCAGGGUCCUCCAGACACUGCAGAAAUAAUAAAAACAUUACCUCAGAAAUACAGAAGGAAGCUUGUGUCUCAAGAAGAAAUGGAAUUUAUCCAACGUGGAGGUCCGGAAUAGUCACUGACAGUGUGGCUGCUGUUUGCCAUCAAAGGAAUAGUCUUUACAAUAAAGGACUUCCAAAGUGGCACAUGAUAAGCUACAUUAAACAACUUGAAUAAAUAUUCUGUUAAAAAAAAUGAAAUAGAAAAUUUAGAUGGACACUUGUAUCUCCUAAUAUAUGUAUGUUGGUCAGCUUCUCCACAAGCUUACCUAAUUGUUUAUAUACUUAUUAAAGUAUACAUUUUUAAAUGUAGCCUAUUAAUUUACUCUUGAUUAUCAAGUAUUAUCAAUGUUGAGCUAUUAAAAGCACACAAUAUCUAG